AUGAAGUCUGGAUUGUUCAAUCGUGACGCGAUCACUAAGGAAUGUCCUGAGGGGUACAUUAAAAUAUGUGAAGGUACCACGGCAGUACUCCUUGCCCCAACCAUGCCAGCGGAUGCCAGUAAAACCAGCGUGGAUGCCACCCACCAGGGCAACGAGAGACACUUUUCCAAGACAACCUCAGCACAGCUAAGGUCCGAUAAUCACAAUGCCGAACACGGCAACGAGGAUCAGUCAGUCUUUUAUAAUCCAGCCCAGGUCGUCAAUCGGGACCUCAGCGUCUGCGCCAUCGAGACGUUUUCGCAAAUUCGACUGCGUGAACCCCGGAGGCGCGGCGGCGUGUCGGCUGGCCUCACGAUUCUUGAGGCUCUAAGCGCAACUGGGUUACGGGCGAUUCGCUACUACAAGGAAAUAUCCAACAUUCGCUACAUCAUCGCGAACGACUUGGAUGCGGGUGCGGUCGAGUGCAUUGCGCGGAAUUGCGCCUACAACAACGUCCCGCUUGCGCAGCCGACCUUGGAUGAAAACUUCCCCUCCUCUUUAGUGACGGUAUCACUGCCUAGUAACGCGGAAAAUGAAGGCAUGGGUCGCAUUCCGGGAGAGAUCACAUCCGGUGGUGGGAUUGUUCCUAACUUGGAUGAUGCGGUCGACCUGAUGCAUCGUCUGGCGCUCAAUCCCGGCGUGCAUUCUGGCAAACGUUUCUGCUUAUUAGAAAAAAAGCCCGCAGUGGUGGAUGGUGGCGGCAUGCCCUCUGAGGAAUGGGGCGCCCCCAGGCCGGUUCUACAGCAGGAGUUGAUGGAUGUCGUGGAUCUCGAUCCUUACGGUACGGCUUCACCCUUUCUCGACGCCGCGUUUGGGUGCAUCAAGGAAGGUGGGCUGAUGCUGGUAACGAGCACGGAUAGCGCCAUUUUGUGUGGAAACUACCCAGGCACCUGCCAUGCGAAGUACGACUCGAUUCCCUACAAGUCUGCUCAUUGCCACGAGAUGGCGGUUCGGAUUCUCCUCGCGUGUAUGGAGCGCGCGGCGAACAAGCAUAAAAAGUACAUCGCGCCUUUGCUGAGCCUCCAUAUCGAUUUCUAUGUCCGCUGCUUCGUGCGAGUCUUCACGCAGCCCGCGGAGGUUAAGUUGAGCGCAUCCAAGCUCGGCUAUCAGCUCCAAUGCACGAACUGCCCGGCCUUUUGGGUGCGACCGAUCGCGGUGGCGCGCGGGCCGCGUCCGCCUCGCCGCGGGAAAAAGCGCCCUCGCGAACCCAAUCAACCCCAACCGCCCUUUUCCGACGCAUCAAAUGAGGAAAGGAUGAAACCCAAUUCCCCAGACGCGUCGCUGGAGGAGACGAAAGCAGGGGUUCCCUCCAUUGAGGACUCGGACAUGGUGCGGUGGGAGCCCGAGAUCUUCCCUCCCGCGCCGUCUCGGACGAACGAUCCGAAACUGACGGCUCUCACCUUACAGAUGCUACCCCAGCUGGUUUGUCAGGAUUCCAAACGCGGCAGCGCGGAGCAGGGCUCUCCGGCUGAUCCGGGUUCUAAAGCUGCAGGGGGCCUCAGAGUCAAACCCACCGAUGCCGUUGGAAAUCCCCCCCUUCCACCUCGCGUCUCCGACGACCUCCAUGGAAGCGGUUGCGGGGUGUCGAAAGGGGAUUUUUGCCCGGUUUGUGGCUCCUCCAUCGCCCUUUCCGGGCCGAUUUACGCCGCUCCAACGCAAAACGGUGACUUCUUAACCGACCUCAUGCAAACCGUCCAAAGUCGCGCGGAGGAGGGGAAAAUCACAGCCGCGGCGCGCAUCACCGGGCUCGUGCAGGUCGCCCUUGAGGAGCUUCCACAGUGUCCGCUUUUUUAUCGCCUUCCGGAUCUCGCGUCGUACGUGAAGACGCGUUGCCCGCCGACGCCGUUGUUUGUUGCGGCGUUGGCGCGUUUGGGGUAUAGUUGCAGCCAAGUGCACUGCGAGCCUUCAGGGAUUAAAACGGAUUGCCCACCCCCCAUCCUCUUCGCCGUGAUGCUUCGAUGGAAGCAACUUUCCGAGGGCAACCCCGCUGAAUCGGAAGAGGAGUCGAAAGCCUCCGAUGCUAUGGAAGAGUCUGCGAGUGCCCCACGCAAACCACGAGGCGAUGAUUUGGGUGGAGGGGUUCCUAAAAUCUUAGUUUCUCCUUUAAAGAGCGCGGACUUUAGCUACGACCGGCAGCACGAUUUUCGACGUCAAGUGACCGGUCUCGCGAAGUUUAUUCCGAAUGCCCCUGGGUGGGGACCGAAGCGUCGGCACCAAGGCACCGCACCCAUCGCUAGUGAAGAAUUCUGA